AUGGGCCAAACCCCCUCCACCCCCAAACCCGGCACCAAACUCCAAGUCAUCGGCGCGGGCCUCUCCCGCACCGGCACCGCAUCCUUCAGCGCCGCCCUAUCCAUCCUCCUCCACGGCCCCGUCUACCACGGCGGCACACAAACCACCAUCGGCCCCCCCACCGAAAUCACCACCUGGAUCACCAUCCUCAAGCACCUACACACCUCUACGCCCUCCUCCCGCCACCAAGCCCUCACCCUCAUGGCCCACCUCCUAACCGGCUACGUCGCCAUCACCGACUGCCCCGGCGCGCAACUAAUCCCAGAACUACUAGACCUCUACCCAGACGCCAAAGUCAUCUGUACAGUGCGCGAUCCUAUCGCAUGGGCGAAAAGCAUGACCCGGGUUAGAGAUCUAGUUCGGGGGAAGAGGUUUCUACGGGCUGUGUUCUUGCCCUUGCCUGGUAUGAGACACUUUGUGGAGUAUGUUGGCUUGAUGAGGGUUCAGUGGCAGAGGGUGUAUGGAGGAAGUGGGGGGUUGGGAGGGACGUAUGAGAGACAUGUUGAGUGGUUGAGGGAGAUUGUGCCCGAGGAGAGGUUGGUGUUUGUGGAUGUGAGAGAUGGUUGGGAGCCGAUUUGUAGGGCUUUGGGGAGGGAGGUGCCCUGCGGGGUGCCGUUUCCGAGGGUUAAUGAUGCGGAGGCGAUUAGGGGGUUGGCGAGGUGGCAUGUGUGGAGGGGGUUGGUGAGGUGGGUUGGUGUGUUGGUGGUGGUUGUGCUGGUUACUUGGGGUUAA